AUGUUAGUAUUUCUAAAAGCAGAUAAACAUUUGACUUUAUUUAUCAAUGCAGCUCUUACGUCGCCGACUAUUAUCUAUGGAAAUUUUACUUGCGAGACAUGGAAAAACUUAUCAUACGGAAAUCCGUCAAACUAUCAAAAAUGCUUAUCGCGGGGUUCUGAUGGAUCUUUUUGGAAUGUUGAAGGGAUACGUCAUACGGCACAUAAAAAUCUAUUGAAUUCUACAUCACUUAUUAUUGAAGUCGGUGGAAAUCGUGGACAUGAUACAGUUAAAUUUAUUGAAUUGUAUAAUCCAUUCAUAAUUAGUUAUGAACCUCUAGUGCCGAUGUGGAAAAGUCUAACAGAACAAUUUAAGUCAAAUCCUAAAGUACAAAUUUAUCCAUAUGGCCUUGGCAAUCGUGCAAGAACUUUAUUAAUUGAACCACAUGAUUUUGGUAAUGCUGGCACAAGUAUUUUUCGAAAGAUUAGUUCGACAAAUUCAUCUACUAUUCAAAAAAUCGAGCUACUUAAUAUUGUUUCAAUUAUUAGAGAUAUUCAAAGGACUAGAACGAAAACUGGCAUAAUCGAUAUGAUUAGUAUAAAUUGUGAAGGAUGUGAAUUUGAAGUAAUACCGGCUCUAAUACUUAAUAAUAUGACACAAUACUUUCGAAUUAUUCAAUUUGCUACACAUUCUGGACUUCUAUCAGGGUCAUCGUGUAUUUAUUGCCAGAUACAGCAAGCCCUAGAAAUAACACAUACAACUUUAUAUCACUAUAAUAUGUUGUGGGAAGGAUGGCUGUUUAAAGCAAAAAAAAAUAAUUAA